AUGAAUUCACAGGUUUUGAAACCAAAACUUUUAUUGAAUGGUAUUUUCGGGGUUUGCAAACACAGGGCAGACAGUGUUGAGGACUACAAGACAUGGAUCAGACUCACCCACUAUCAGGAGAGCCGGUUGGACAUGUCGUCGAAGCACUGGAACUCCCCGGCGGUCAUUGUCGACAUAACCCCCAGAUAUAUGGAACCGUUCACUACUGGUGUCCUCUGUGUUGGUAUCGGCUAUUGGUCCACAAGACUCACAGCUCUGACCAAAUUCUGGGAACACUUUCUGUUUGUGAAGGAAUGGACAGCUUGUGUCCAAUUGGGGGCACAGACAUCACACUGGGCUUGUGUCCAAUUGGGGGCACAGACAUCACACUGGGGUCCAGACGCACACAUUGUUCAUGAAAUGCCUUUCAAUCAUAUCAAUGAAGAGCUAUUGAAGCAAACGAUCCGCGAAUUCAUUGGAGCGAAGGAACAGCUGAAUCCUCCGCUCGUAUCUAAAGAACAUCUUUUACUGCCAAAGGAUGGCAAGAGAAGGACUCCUCCGACAGUCCAGAGUGAGCCCACACCUCGACUAAGAGAGUGUCACAGCAUUGAUAUAUUGAGUUGGAAACCACCGGAACUGAAACUUCGUGUCAUUACUGAUGGAUACUUCUCUGUCCGCACAUUUGCUCACGACUUAGGUCUCAAACUCUCGAGUUGUGCCCAUUUGACUGACUUAUGUCUUAACAGAAUGGGUGUUAUUACCACUGAUUUGUGUCUCAAGAAAUAUGAACUCCAUUUGAAACAAAUGUCUGAAGCUAUUGACAAGUAUUCAAAGCUUUGCUCCAAAGAUCUGAAGAGAUUCUCGGAUUUAAAACCAGAUAACCGAAGAAGAAUUUAA